AUGGCGAAUCUCGAGCACCUGAAGAAGCUUCGAACGUCAGCACGAUCUUCGGUUACUCGCACUAUCACCGAACUGAAGACUACGACGCCUUUGCCUCGCGAUCAACUACGAGAUAAACUAGGCUUCCUGGAUGAGAAGUUUUCAGCCCUUAGCCAGCAAGACCAGGUGAUUCAGAAUCUCAUCACAGACGAGCUUGUGGAAAGUGAGUGCGAGGCCUGCGACCGCUAUCUGGAGUCGGUCAUAGCGAUCAGGUUUCAAGUCCGCGCUGCACUGGGCACUUUGACCUCGGCGCAAGUGUCGCCCGCUACAGGUGAUGCCCCAUCAUUGCCGACAGUCCAACGUCUCGCAUCCCCUGCGGAUGGUAUUACCCUGCCGAAGCUGAAGAUCGACACCUUCAACGGAGACCUGUCUAAAUGGCAGGGUUUCUGGGACCAAUUCCGGGCAACAGUUCACGAUAACCAGCGUCUGACUGACGUCAACAGGUUGAAAUAUCUUGUCUCCCUCGUUAUCGGACCAGCAGCUCGUGCCAUUGAAGGCCUUACGAUCCUCGACGGGAAUUACGCGACUGCAGUUGAGAUCCUUAAGAAGCGGUUUGGAAAGAGCGAGCUUCUGGUGACCGAACACAUGGGAUCGCUCUUUGAUCUCAAGCCGGUGACGUCCAUCAGCGAUGUCAAAGGUUUGCGUGAGCUGCACGAGACGGUUACAGUCAGAAUAAGGAACCUGAAGAGCCUCGGAGUGGCGCAGAGCCAGUACGCGAUUGCCGUUCGUGAGGCUGUUCUGCGGAAGAUCCCCAAGGAACUCGAAUUGGAAUACUAUAAACAGAAGGAUGAACAGUCGACUGUUGACACACUGACAUCUCUUCUGGACUUCCUUGAGACUGAGAUUGAGUGCCGCGAGCGAGUUCGACGUUCAGCGGAGGACGUUCCCCUUCCGAAACGCAGGGCACCCUUAACACCUUCUGCGUCGUCACUUACGGCCAAUGCUACGGACUCUUCAUGCAUCUUAUGCAAGUCCUCCCAGCAUCUUCUGGAAAGCUGUGACAGAGGGCUGAGCCCAGAUGAAAUCAGAAAUACCCUACGUCGCGAAGGUUGCUGUUUCCUCUGUGGAAAGAAGGGCCACCGCUCCAAGGACUGCCGUGUCUGCUGGAAGCUCCGAUGUGGACGCUGUCACAGGCGACAUCUCACUCAGCUAUGCCUGGGCUCGUCGAGGACUGAACAGCCCGCCGCCUCCAACCCCUCUUCUGCGCUUGCCUCCACUACCUCCACCGAAGACGUUGUGACGUCCUUGUCGUCAUCCACUAAAUUUUCAUCUCCACGCGCUGAGGUACUGCUGCAAACUGCUAAGGUGUGGCUCGAAGGAAGCAACGGCCGGAGGAUCCUAGCCAGAAUCAUUCUCGACGGCGGCAGCCAGCGUAGUUUCAUCCGUCAAGAAGUAUCGACGAAGAUCGGGUGCUUUUACGGCCAGUUCUCCUCCUCGAGUAUCGUGAUCGAAGCAGUGGAGUACGACGACAUCUGCUCGGACAGCUUACCGUCCUUGAAUUCGACAGCGGCACAGCAUGUGAAAAGCGUGGGUCUCCAGCUUGCCGACGAGCCCUCAGCUCCUACCGAAAUCUCCCUGCUACUUGGAUCCGACUUUUACUGGAAAGCAGUCACCGGCGUAACAGUCCGGUUGUCCGAGUACCUGGUAGCAGCAGAGACGCUCUUCGGGUGGACAGUUCAAGGCGCAAGUCGAGACGGCAGCAUCCGCAGUCGAAACGUCGAGGUGAUGCGGGUAGGCGUGCUAUCCGAAGAUACUGCGAGUAUCGACUCUCACCUACAAGCGUUCUGGGAACUAGAACAUUUAGGCAUUACUGACCCCUAUCCAUCUGAACUCGACACCGAUUCCGUUCUGCAGGAUUUUCGUGCCACCACAAAGCUGGUUGACGGUCGUUACGUUGUACGCCUACCUUGGAAAUCGGAAAGGCAACCAGCCUUAGGAGACAACAAGGCGUUAGCGGUUCAACGACUUGAGGCUACUACAAGUAAACUACGACGAGACUGUUCCAGCACUGAUGGAACAGUAUGA